GUUUAGCCACGCCCCUGCCGUGGGCUAGGGCGCGGGGAGCUUUUGCGCGCGCGGGCACAAAGCCGAAGCGGGAGCGCGCGCGGCGGCGGCCACCCUAAACAGGGCUUCGAGUGUGUUUAUUUGCAUGCGCCGGCGCGCUCAGUCCGGCUGGGCGGGCUCGGCGGAAUUUGUCCGCUCCGCGGUCUCCAGCCAAAGAAGAGGUGGUGUGAAGUAGGCGCGAAUGCCUUAUACCUAGCCCGCCAAGCUCAUGGUUAACAGCUCAGAGAGAGAAACAUUUGAGGGAGGAUGGAUGCAAAAGCUCGAAAUUGUUUGCUUCAACAUAGAGAAGCUCUGGAAAAGGACAUCAAAACAUCCUACAUAAUGGAUCACAUGAUUAGUGAUGGAGUUUUAACGCCCUCGGAGGAGGAAAAAGUAAAAAAUGAGCCUACUCAACAGCAACGAGCAGCAUUGCUAAUUAAAAUGAUACUAAAAAAAGAUAAUUAUUCCUACAUAUCAUUCUACAAUGCUUUACUACAUGAAGGCUAUAAAGAUCUUGCCGUCCUUCUCCAUGGUGGCCUUCCUGUCAUCUCUUCUUCCAAUGGCAAAGAUUCAGUUGGUGGAAUAACUUCAUAUGUGAGGACAGUCCUGUGUGAAGGAGGAGUACCCCAGAGGCCAGUUGUUUUCGUUACUAGGAAGAAGCUGGUGAAUGCAAUUCAGCAAAAGCUCUUCAAACUGAAUGGUGAACCAGGAUGGGUCACUGUAUAUGGAAUGGCAGGUUGUGGGAAGUCUGUAUUAGCUGCAGAAGCUGUCAGAGAUCAUGUCUUCUUAGAAGUUUGUUUCCCAGGCGGUGUGCAUUGGAUUUCGGUUGGGAAACAAGACAAAUCUGGUCUUCUGAUGAAACUACAGAACCUUUGUACACGAUUGGAUCAGGACGAGAGUUUCUCCCACAGGCUUCCACUUAAUAUUGAAGAGGCUAAAGACCGUCUCCGCAUUCUGAUGCUGCGCAAACACCCAAGGUCUCUGUUGAUCUUGGAUGAUGUUUGGGAUCCUUGGGUGUUAAAAGCUUUUGACAAUCAGUGUCAGAUUCUUCUUACAACCAGAGACAAGAGUGUUACAGAUUCAGUGAUGGGUCCUAAAUAUGUCGUUCCUGUGGAGAGUGGCUUAGGAAAAGAAAAAGGACUUGAAAUUUUAUCCCUUUUUGUUAAUAUGAAGAAAUCAGAUUUGCCAGAACAAGCACAUAGUAUUAUAAAAGAAUGUAAAGGUUCUCCUCUUGUAGUGUCUUUAAUUGGUGCUCUUUUACGUGACUUUCCCAACCGCUGGGAGUACUACCUCAGGCAACUUCAGAAUAAGCAGUUUAAGAGGAUAAGGAAAUCUUCAUCUUAUGAUUAUGAGGCCCUGGAUGAAGCCAUGUCUAUAAGUGUUGACAUGCUCAGAGAAGAUAUCAAAGAUUAUUACACAGAUCUCUCCAUCUUUCAGAAGGAUGUUAAGGUGCCUACAAAGGUGUUAUGUGUCCUCUGGGACAUGGAGACUGAAGAAGUUGAAGACAUACUGCAGGAGUUUGUUAAUAAGUCCCUCUUAUUCUGUGAUCGGAAUGGAAAAUCAUUUUGGUAUUAUUUGCACGAUCUUCAAGUUGAUUUCCUUACAGAGAAGAACCGCACCCAGCUUCAGGAUCUACACAAGAAGAUAAUCACUCAGUUCCAGAGAUACCACCAGCCACGCACUCUCUCGUUAGAGCAGGAGGACUGCAUGUACUGGUACAAUUAUCUGGCCUAUCACAUGGCUAGUGCCAAUAUGCACAAAGAACUUCGUGCUUUAAUGUUUUCCCUGGAUUGGAUUACAGCAAAAACGGAACUCGUAGGCCCUGCUCAUCUGAUUCAUGAAUUUGUGGAAUACCGGCAUAUACUGGAUGAAAAGGACUGUGCCGUCUGUGAGAAUUUCCAGGAGUUUUUAUCUUUAAACGGACAUCUUCUUGGACGACAACCAUUUCCUAAUAUUGUACAGCUGGGUCUCUGUGAACCGGAAACUUCAGAAGUGUAUCAGCAAGCUAAGCUGCAGGCCAAGCAGGAGGUCGAUAAUGGAAUGCUUUACCUGGAGUGGACAAACAAAAAAACCAUCAAGAAUCUGUCACGCUUGGUUGUCCGCCCCCAUACAGACACUGUUUACCAUGCUUGCUUUUCUGCGGAUGGUCACAGAAUAGCUUCCUGUGGAGCCGAUAAAACCUUACAGGUGUUCAAAGCUGAAACAGGAGAGAAACUUCUAGAAAUCAAGGCUCAUGAAGAUGAAGUGCUUUGCUGUGCAUUCUCUGCAGAUGGCAAAUUUAUAGCAACCUGUUCAGGGGAUAAAAAAGUGAAGAUUUGGAAUUCUGUGACCGGGCAACAAGUGCACAGCUAUGAUGAACACUCAGAGCAAGUCAACUGUUGCCACUUCACCCACAACAGUCAUCCCCUUCUCUUAGCCACUGGGUCCAGUGACGGCGUCCUCAAACUCUGGGAUUUGAAUCAAGAACCUUGUCGAAAUACCUUGUUAGGCCAUAACAAUUCAGCCAAUCACUGCAGAUUUUCACCAGACGAUAAGCUUUUGGCUAGUUGUUCAGCUGAUGGGACAUUAAAGCUUUGGGAUGUGAAAUCAGCAAAUGAGAGGAAAACCAUUAACGUGAAGCAGUUUUUCCUAAGCUCAGAGGAGCCUCAGGAGGACAUGGAAGUGAUAGUGAAGUGUUGUUCGUGGUCUUCUGAUGGCUCCAGGAUAAUGGUGGCUGCCAAAAAUAAAAUCUUUCUUUUUGACAUUCAGACCAGUGGUCUAUUGGCAGAAAUCCACAUGGGCCAUCACAGCACCAUCCAAUACUGUGACUUCUCCUCCCAUAACCAUUUGGCACUGGUGGCUUUGUCCCAGUACUGUGUGGAGCUGUGGAAUGUGGACUCAUGUGUAAAAGUAGCUGAUUGCAGAGGACAUUUAAGUUGGGUUCAUUGUGUGAUGUUUUCUCCUGAUGGAUCAUCAUUUUUGACAUCUUCUGAUGACCAGACAAUCAGGCUCUGGGAGACAAAGAAAGUGUGUGAGGACUCUGCUAUAGUUUUAAAGCAAGAAAUAGAUGUUGUAUUUCAAGAAAAUGAAGUGAUGGUUCUUGCAGUUGACAAUAUAAGACGUCUGCAACUCAUUAAUGGAAAAACAGGUCAGAUUGAUUAUCUGACUGAAGCUCAAGUUAGUUGCUGUUGCUUAAGUCCGAAUCUUGAGUACGUUGCAUUUGGAGACAGCGGUGGAACCAUUGCGAUUUUAGAACUUCUCAACACAAGGAUAUUUCGAUCCAGCAUCAGGCACAAGAACACUGUAUGGCACCUGCAGUUCACAGCUGAUGGAAAGACUCUAAUCUCAAGCUCUGAUGAUUCUACAAUUCAGGUAUGGAAUUGGCAAUCAGAGGACUAUAUCUCCCUGCAAGCCCACCAGGAAACUGUGAAAGACUUUAGGCUCUUGAAAAAUUCAAGACUGCUUUCCUGGUCAUUUGAUGGCACGGUGAAGGUAUGGAAUAUCACUACUGGGAAAGUAGAGAAAGACUUUGCCUGUCACCAGGAUACAGUCCUUUCUUGUGAUAUUUCUCCAGAUGCUACCAAGUUUUCAUCUACCUCUGCUGACAAGACUGCAAAGAUUUGGAGUUUCGAACUCCCGUCCCCUCUUCAUGAAUUGGAGGGCCACAAAGGCUGUGUGCGCUGCUCUGCCUUCUCUGUGGAUGGUACCCUGCUGGCAACUGGAGAUGACAAUGGAGAAAUCAGGAUAUGGAAUGUGUCAAACGGGGAGCUGCUUCAUUUAUGUGCUCCGAUUUCCGUAGAAGAAGGAGCCGCUACUCACGGAGGCUGGGUGACCGACCUCUGCUUUUCUCCAGAUAGCAAAAUGCUCGUCUCUGCUGGGGGCUAUCUUAAGUGGUGGAGCGUCGUCACUGGGGAAUCCUCACAGACCUUCUACACAAAUGGAACCAACCUGAAGAAAAUACAUGUGGCCCCUGACUUCAAGACAUAUGUGACUGUUGAUAAUCUCGGUAUUUUAUAUAUUUUACAGACUUUAGAGUAAAAUAGUUAAGCAUUAAUGUAAGUUGAACCUUUUAAAUUUUGACUUGGAAAAAAUCGUGAUGAACUUGUAUUCCGACUUUUUAUGAAGCUGUGAAUUGUUUUGCAGUAUUGUAUUCACUACAGAAGUCUUCGUGGCUGGGUGAGUAAUACUAAUGUAGCUUUUUCCCAAAUGAACACACUUUUAAUCUUGUUUUUCAUAAUCAUCAUCAUUAUUUUUAACAAUUUGUCUUUAAGAUGCAAAUGAAAAUGUAAAUAUGUUCCUUAUUAUACUGUUGGCAAAAUGAUCUCUUGAUACAUUCAAAUUGGUUGACAUAAUUAAUGAGGAUAAUUUGAAGGAAACAUGUGGUUUUAAUGUGCUCUCCAUGAGGCCUGGGCCUCAGACUGGCAGUGGCCUGCUUUCCGGCCACACGUACCCCCUGGGGUACAGUUUCCCAAAUACAAUCUGGGAGCUUAUUUGCAGCCCUUAAAUUUGCGUUAAAAAUAUUGUGUCUGUGUGCAGAAUUUGCAAUAUUUCCUUUAAUUCACUAGAUAAGUGAGUCUUGGAUUUCAGAGGUUCCUUCUGUGCAAUAAAAAUUGUGUGUGUUGGAGAGAGUAGAUUUUAUCAGUCUAUCUUUUUCUCACUGGCUGAGGGCAGUUGGUGCCCCAAGUGGACUCCAGCGGUCAGUCUCUGAGCUGCAUGCUCUCCUGCUGAUUUUUUUUUAUGUACGAGACCUUUUUCUUAACCUUCACUUUUUUCUCUUUUUUUAAAAGCAAUUUCUCCACAGUAAAAUAUUGGUAAACCAAAUUAAUUGGGGAGAAGCCAAUUGUAAUAAGUUUUAAUAACAGAUUUUUUUCUAAGAAAUAUAAAAUAGUAAGAAAUCAUUUUCUUCUAAUUCCAUUUACUUUUAGAUGAAUGGCAUUGCCAAUGCUGUUCUCUUAGUGAAUUUCAGAACCAGAAGUCACUGUGACUUUGGAUGGUGUCACCUUUAACCCCUGACCAAUCUGUCUUCCUUCCCUUCUCUCCUAAUCCACUUCCUUUCCCUCCCUCCCUGGUUCAUCAGAAAAGAUGGCUGUGACAGGGGAGAAGUCCAGCAGCAUCAAUCAUCAGUUUUUCUGAUCUCUUGAUUAGGAACCUUAAUUGCAGCUUAGAGCUAAACAUUUUUCUAGAUAUUUAUUAAGGGAAAUGCUGGUAAAUUAACAGUAGAUGUGGUUGUCUCAUUAAAAAAACAACCAGAACUCAAAACAUUUUUUUUGCUGUAACAGGGUAUUAGGGUUAAGAGCAGGUAGGCUGUGAACCACUUUUUUAUUUUAUUUACAUUUUUAUUUUAAAAUUGAUUUGAGAGAGGAAGGGAGAAAGAGACAGAGAGAGACACAUUGAUUUGUUUUUCUAGUUAUUUAUGCAUUCAUUGGUGCCCUGAGUGGGAAUUGAACCCACAACCUUGGUAUAUUGGGAUAAUGCUUUAACCAACUGAAACACCCAACCAAAGCCUGUGAACCAAUUUUUAUUGUUAUUGCAUAUUGGUAGCUAUGGGUGGGUGGGGGAUAGACCACUGCAGAUGUAUUUUAGAUUAGCUAUUCCUAUUUCACACUUCAGAGAACCAUAAAUAGAGUGAAUAAAAUCUUUUACAUUGUUAGGGAGGGUUUUUGUUUUUUAAUGAUGGGAGGAACUAGUUACAGAUCUACUGUGAUUUAAGCAAAUAUAAUGUGAAAUCUUAACUUUAUAAAAGAAAUUUCUGUAAGUGGUAUGUUUUGCUUAGAGUAUCCCCAUCAUAACUUGAUCUGCAUACAAUGUUUAGGAGCUCAUUUACAGCUCAGAGUAUGAAGUGUUAUCUUUUGGAAUUAGCCAUACUUGACCGUUAACAAACACCAUCAGCUUUUAAAAGGCCUUGAGUAGCCUUUGUCUGAAAAAGAAAUGAAAAGGAAAAAUGGGAAGAAAGACCAGGCCACAUAGGGAGUGAGGAGGAGGCUACCGCCGCAGCGCACGCUUCCCAGCAGCUGGGUGGUCAGUCCAGGGGGUGUUGCCCGGUGCUUGCAGAUCGGCAUGUUCACGUGCUGGGCUGGGAAUUAUAUUGCAUUUUAUAUACAUGUUAAGUUUUUUUUACAUUGUAUGUGUCCCAUAUGUUUGGAUAACUGUUUUGUAUUUACGAUACAGUUUACAUGUUUUUUUUGCCUUGGUAUACAUUUUAAUACAUGAAUUAAAAACAUUUAUAAAAAUAAAAUUCCAAAGAUACUUUUGAAAAACAUUUUCAGAUUGUUUCAGACUCCCUGCUCGUCCUCUGUUGGUUAGAAAACAAACGAGAAAGAGUCUUCAAAAUAAAUCCAUCAACCUUUCUAGGAUAUUUUAUCAGCUAUGUGUAAUUCAGUUCUAUCAAAUUUUCUGUCUCCCCAGUCUGUGUGAUUGCUGCCUGGUGUAGCUGGCAUGGUGAAGACUCUGUAAAAAACAGAAUUCAUUUAUUCAUUCUUCCUUUCUGUAAAUGUUUACUGAACUCUACCAUGUGCCUGGCAUUUUUGUAGGUAAUAGCAGUGAGCAAAACAAAGCCCUUGCCCUGUUGCAGUUUGGUGCUAGGGAGAGGUGGACACAGAGUAAAAAAGUAAAAUGUGUAGUGUGUUCGUUGUAGUAAUAUCAGUUGCAAUAUUGUGUGUAAUUGGGGAGGGGGAGGGUUACAGUUUUAGAGGGAGUUGCUCAGGGAGAAGGUGACACUUGAGUGUAGACCUGACAGGUGAGGGAAUGAGUCGUGCAGGUAUCCGGAGAGCAUGCCCAAGGGAGAGCGCAGCAAGUGCAAAGACUUCGGUGUGGGAUGGGUUGGUCUGUCUGGAACUGGCCAGGAGCCAGUGUGGCUGGAGGAGACCUCGAGGGGGAAGGUAAUAGGAGGUGCACGCUGGAGGGCCUCAAGGAGCUCGUGGAUGGCUUGCAGCAGUGGGGUGAUUUGACUUGUGGGAGCCAAUUGACAGGCUGGAAGCAGGGAGCAGGGAGACCAGUGAGAAGCUUUUGCAAUAAUCUUUGCAAAAACGAAGGCAGCCAGACUAGAGUAGCAACAGUAGAGGUUGUGGUAAGCUGGAUUCUGGAUGUAUUUUGAAGAUAAGAGGUAAUGGAUUGGACAGAGGUUGUGAGAGAAAGACAAUUGAAGAACGAUACCCAAGGUUUUGGCCUGUUUGACUUGAGUAACUAGAAGAAUUUAGUUGCCAUUAACUGAGAUGAAGAACAAUGAAAGGAGCAGAUUUUCGGGCAUAGUAAGUGUGAGGUGGUCGUUCGGCAUCCAAGUAGAGCUGUUGAGUAGCUGGUUGGAUCAUGGGGUCUGGAGUUCAGGGGGAAAAUCUGUGAUGGAGAUAGGAAUCGCAAGGGUCAUGGGUGAAUCAGUGGCUCUUGAAACCAUAAAACCAGAAGACAGCAGCAGUGAAAUGGGUGCAAAAGGAGGCCUGAGACUAGGUCCCAGUUGGUGAGAUGAGAGACCAGCACGGAGAAGGACCAGCAAAGACCAGAAACCACAAGUUCGUGUGGUACACAUGGUGAGUACAGUGGGGUGGGUUCCUUCACUCACUGUGACCUUGGGCAAAACUUCUUUAAUGGCUUGUUUGUUCAGCCACCGAUCCCACAUGCCUUGCAUGUCUACUGUGUGCCAAGCACUAUUUUAAGCAGCAGCCGAGGCAAUAAAUGAGUACAUUUUAGUUGUGGGGGAGACGGGAGACAGCAGAUAAUAAGAAAACAAGAAGAUAGCAGCAGCUGUCUUAUCUGUGAGAUGCUUCUUGGGGUGGUUGUAAGGAUUUAAUAAGACAAUGCUCAUAAAGUACGUAUCUCAGUACUGGGACCAAGGAAGUGCUUGGUGAGAAAUGCUCGGUGGUGAUUGAGUCCUGUCAUCUUCGGCCUGGCAGCAGGUCGCCAGCUGCCAUCUCUGCCACCAAACGCUGGACGUGCUGCAUGCUCUCUUGCUUCUGUGGCUUCGUAUACAGUGAUCUCUCUUCCAUACUGCCACCCUCACCCCCACCUCGUUUGUUUCCUCUCAAUUUCUUCUUAUUUUCCCUAUGUCCCUUGAGGUGACCCCUGUGCUGUCUGGUAGCACCUUCUCUUCUCUUACGUGUCCCUCAGUGCCCUGUGUCCUUUGCUUAUUGGAGUCUUGCAUUAGAGCAGAAGUUUUGUGAAAGUCUGGUCUGUGCCUUUUAUACCAGAGCCUCACAGAAGCCUGGCUCCAGCCGGAGCCUCAGUAAGUAUUUGUGCGUGAUUGAAACUCUGGUGUGCCCGCGUGCCGAGGCGUGUUCUGUGUUCUUCUCUGCACUGGGGUAGUGCCAGGCGGUCGGAUUAAGAUGCAGCACGUCACCGGCCUUUCCUUCACCUUCCUUCCCAUUUUAGUUUGGCCUUUUAUUGUCGGGCAGUUUUAGGGAAAAGUCAAAUUUCUUUUGGAUAGAAAAGAUUCUUCUUCCAUAUUAUAUAAAAUGAAUUAACAUAUCUCUGGAGCGUUUAAGUUGUCAAGUGUGGCAAUCUCAACAAAUGUUUUGUGUUAUAAUUUACUGACCUUUAGAGAAAGAGAAAAUGAUUUUCUGAUAAUUCUUAGUCUCUGAAUGUUGUCAGUUGAACAAAUUUCCUUGCACAUAGUCCUUCCUCUUAAGAACACAGAUAUACAGUUAUUAAAAUAUCUGCAAAGGAAAUCAGCUGCUGUUGGGCUGUGCGUUUAACCCCAGAAUUGCUGUGUCAUUGUGUACGUUCACGUGGAAGGGGCGGGAGAAUUUGUAUCAAGUCUGGGACUCAUCAGAGGCCAGGGCUUUGAAGUCCUUUGGUGUCAACAGUGACUUACUUCUGAAUAAGAUGGUGUUGUGAGGAGGCCAAAAGUUGGGGAAUUUUCAUUUCAAUUAUGUUUCAGGAAAAUGAGUUGAGGGUAUUCACUGUCAAUUCAUUUAUGAGGUCAGGCUUUCAGAGCUGGGAAUACCGCUUAUCACACAGAAGUGAAGAGGAAAACCCGCCUCUGAUUUCCCAUCACCCGAGGCUAGAAUAAGCAACUAGAGAGCAUUCCAAAGCUGAGCUUGUGCUUGUCGGUUCUGAGCAACUGAUUGAACUGGAGAACACCCCGCAGGUGGGUGAUGACUCCUGCUUAGAAUCUAGGUGGCCAUUCUGAGGAGCUGGAGCAAACAUUCACGUUCAUCUGAAUGAAUAUCAGCUCCCCACGCUAGGCACCACCCAGCCUCCUAUUUUAUCUGCACAGCAGUGGGGUGGAUUUGCAGACUGUGCAGUUCUAGUUUAUAGAGGAAGAACCACACCCCAGGUAGUUGGUCAGUGACAAAGUGAGGGCCAGAAUACAAAUCUGAUAUUUUCUUUUUCAGAUACAAGUGCAAGUUUAUUAGAAAGUCAGAGAGGCAGAAAAAGUAAGCCAGCUGGUCUACAUGGGCUCAGGAAACCAGUUAUGGAAGUAAAAGAAGGGCCCUUGGAGUUCAGGGGAUGGAAAGAUGAUUUUUUUUUUAUAUAAGCACCCAGUCCAUUGGGCUACAAGUUGAGUGUUAGUUGCAGUUGGAAGUGGAAUCCUCUUAGGUUCAUGGCAGAUGGACACCAGUGUAGGGGUCAAGGCUUGGGUUUCAGCAGCUGGAGAUGUUGGUCUCAUUUUUGAUUCAUCUUCAAUUAGCAGUGACUCUAACUAAACCCUUCACCUUGGGUUUGUUUGCCUGUGGAUGAAAAAAGGGAUUCUAGGGAAAGUAACCUCAAAGGGAGAUCUAACCAUAAAUUCCUAACUGGACUGGUCAUGGUGGGUAGUCCUGCCCCAGGCACAUAAGUUUUUAGUAAAAGGUUUACGUUUGCCUUAAGCAAGCCCUGUCCAUUGCUUCAGUGAGCCUAGGUUUCAAAGGAGCACAUGAUCCUAACUAUUUUGUAAUCCAGUCCCCACCCUGCUUUCUUCCACCUCUGUGCAAUCUUCCUUACAUUCCCUCCUUAAUUUCAGAAGCAUAAAAGAAGCUGCAAAACUGUUAUUCUCCAGAGCAUUUGAGAUCUUGCUCCUUGACAUAUGUUGUCAAUUUAGCUCAAAUAAACUGUUACGAAAAUUCUCUACAGGUUUGGAUGUUUCCUAUGUAGACAUACCCCACUCUAUCAAGUAAUUUUCUGUGAUAAUAAAUCAUUUUUAGGAGGAAGGAAGGGGGAGCUACAACUUUAAAAAAAAACAAAAACAGGCUUCUUAUGUGCCAGACCCUGUGCUGGGCACUUUCUACAUAUUUAAUUUUAGCCUCCUAUCUAGAGUGGCCAGUGAGAUGUAAGCAGAAGUUGUGGGUUGAAGCUUCCAGGGACGCUCCUAAACAUUUGCUUUACUCAGCUGGGAGGCAGGAGCCCUUUGGUCUUCACCAUUCUUUUUCGUGCCUGGAAUGGGUAUGUGCUAGAUGGUGCUCCAGCAGCCAUUUUGUGAUCAAGAGGUGACCUUGCACAGUUGGAUGCUAUGUGCUAAGGAUGGCAGAGUAGAAAUAUUGAAGGAGCUUGGGAUUUUGAUGACAACUAUGUAGCUAUGAUUCCACCACUGUACUACUGCUGAAGUUCAUGUUACAUUAGAAAAAGGUCAACCCCUCCCUUUUUUAAGAGACUUUUAAUUCUGGUCUUUCAGUUCCUGAUACUCUCAUAAACUCAUUUGGUGUAUAAGAUCAGUUCAGCAAAUGUCAGUCAGUGACCCUGUAUCCCUCCCUCCUCCACCCCCUCAACUCAGCCAUAGACACACUGUUCUUCUUCUGAGUAACUGGAGCUCUAACUGUGAGGCCAUUGAAACUUGGUGGAUUCUCAGAAAAUCUCCAACACAUGGUACAUGGACCAAGCCCAGGUAGCCCACAGUUGAGUUUUGUUUGGCCCAGACUUAUUUUUUAAAACUCUGAAUUUGUUGCCAGCAUUGGGAAAUUUGGUGAUUUCACAUAAAAACUGAUUUAUUAGAAAGUCUUUUGACCCAGGGUCUUCCUUUUUGCCUCACAGCAGUUAGCAGGAACUGAGUAGCAGCUGCCCCUGUGAUGUGGCAGGUGCUCUGUGGCUCAUCACAGCCCUCCCUUCACUCACGUUGCCCUUGAGUCCCUGCAGCUUCCUGACUUUGCAGCCUCUCCCCAGCCCCAGCCCAGCACCCCAGAAAUAGUCUGCUAAAACAGAAUUCCAGAAUUUCCUGUGACCUUUGUCUUUCCCAGUCUCCCCUGAUUUAACACUUAUCAUGUUGGGAUUUUGUUUGUUUUGUCUCCAAAAACUGAGCAUGCAGUUUUGAGAAGUGGCAAGAUAUCGACUUCUCACACAUCAGAAAAGAGCUGAUGUUGCUGCUUAGUGGAAGGCACCUUGACUUUCCCUCCUCACAGGUCUUACUGACAAGAGGCAGUGAGCUGGAGAGCCGCAGGCUCCCCGGGGGCCGCUGCAGGGAUACUCGAUUGAGACACUGAGACAUCCAGAGGAUCAUUCGGUGGAGUAUUGAAUAUGGCCUGCUUUGAACGGCUCUCAUUAAUUACCAUGUUGUGAGCUGACUUUGGCCGUAAGAGUGACUCCCUCUCAGCUUGCUCUUAACUGUGGCACCGAGACAUAACUCAGAGUUUUCCUGAUUGGCAGACUUGGAAGGUGCGUGUUAGCUCCACUGCACUUGUGAAGUCUGCUGUGCAACACACGUGCCCCUCAGCUCCUCUGAAUCAAGCAGAGAGCCCUGAGAAAACCUCAGCUGCUGUGGCAUCACCUUCCACUGGGGUGACCCCCCCCCAUUUCAAUCUGAUUUAUGUGUAGGUCUUUGCAUCACUGGUCAUUACUCUUGGUUAAAUGUCUGUGCAGCUUUUACAAAUGUAAGGCUCAGGGGUUUGGGAGAGAAAAACAAAAACUGUUCUGGCAGGAAAUAAUUUGUAGCUAUGAUUCAUUAUGACUUACAAACAGGGUGCAUUAUGUUGGGUGGGGAGGAUCAGUUUUGCAUUAGCAACUCGAGUAAAAUGGCAUCGAGCACAGAGUGAGUGUUCAGUGAGUAUGUUGGCUCGGGGUGAAGACAGGGAACAGUUGGGUAUAACUGGUGUCCCCCAGGUCAGCACCAAAGUCUUGGGGUUAAUUUCACCAUCAAAAGUAAGUUCUGGUCCAUGGGUCCUAAGGGAAUCUCUCAGGAUGCAGGAUGCGGAUUGUGCAACAGGCCUAAGGAAAUUCUCUGCCUGCUUUGGAACUGGUUUCUGUGGGAAGCAAGAUUCUGUGCCUGGACCCACAGGGCCUGGCUUCUGUGUCUGCUCUGCCAGCAGUGAAUGGAUGUGGGCCGGCCGGGCGAGGAGGGAUGGGGAUGGGGUGUGUGUGGGGCAGCCUGAUGGGAGCCUUGGUACAGCGAGGCUCUGUUGGCCUAGUUGGCUGCUUACCCAAUUUUAUUUCAAGAAAUGUGGUUAUCACUGUCAGAUUGCUUAGUUUUCACAAGAAACAUAGUGAAGAGCUUGCAUAACAAGAGAACUGAAAAACUUAAUGUCUAAUAAAAAGGCUUUAUUCCAUACAGACUUCUGGCCACGGUCAUUGAGUUCCAAUUCUGUGGAAGAAGUGCGGAGGCUAACCCACUUAUCAGAUUUUCAUUUCUUUUCAGCAAUGGCUUAGGAGCAAUGCUGUUUGGUCCCAGUGUGAAUUUCUGUUGAUUUUUGAGAACUGGCGUGUGUUCUUUAAGCCUGCCCGCUCUGUCCUGUCACAUCCAGACACCGCGCGCCGGCCGUCUUCCCGUGUUCCCACAAAAAAGUCUGGUGUGUCUUCAGAAAGAAUCGCACCCAUGACUUAUUAAUGAUCUAACUAGGCAUAAUUUUCACAGCGUUCAUUCACCAAAUUUAUCAUAGAAUAUCAUUUAAGAUGAAAAAUUAAUGGAGUAAUAGAACUGAAGUCCUUUUUGGAAUAAUAUUAGCAUUCAAGGAUUCCCACCCCCAUGGAUAUUGCAAUUACCAACGUGUCAAAUUUCCCCUUCAAGAAAAUGAGCAGCAAAGCCCUUCUCCUGCCUGUGGGCUGUCUCUCCUGUUUGCUCUGCAGAUCCACCCCCCUCCCAGCCCUGAUCGGUGACCGGAGGCUGCCCUGUGUGGACCAUGUCGGCGGUCUCCUGGCUCUCUGGCUUCCGUGGGUUCAGGUAAUGCAGAAUGGGAGGGAGAGGGUGAGAUCAGGGUAUUUUAGUCCCUGGCCCCCUCGACGAGGGCCCCUCUUCCUGGUCCCGUGCCGCCACCUGUGUGAGCCCCUCCAUUGCCCUGCAGGCUGCCAACACCUAUGCUAGCGGUCUAUUUAUUAAACUCCUAAAUUAUCCUAAUGGAAUGUGCCAUCUGCUUUGUGCUGGGCUGUAACUGAUGCAAAUAAGCUUUUGGUCUACAGCGAUAACAAAUAAGGGGAUUGCUGACCUUUUGGUGGUUAGCGAAGAUAAGGGGCCCUGUCCCUGGGUCCUUCCUGUGUGUUCACUGACUGAGCCCUUUGCCUUCUUUCAGUCAGUCCCCGCCUCCCUCCUCCCCUUUUACAGCUGUCAGUCUCUUCCUUGUUUCCAUGCCUCUGGUUCUAUUUUGUUCCUUAGUUUAUUUUGUUCAUUAGGUUCCUUUUAUAAGUGAGAUCAUAUGGUAUUUGUCUUUCACCAACUGGCUUGUUUCACUUAGCUUAAGAGUCUCCAGUUCCAUCCACACCAUGUGGACAGAGGCAGAGGGGGAAAAAUUGGGAUAAUGGUAAUAGCAUAAACAAAAAAAUUUUUUUUAAAUGAAAGUACAUGAAUAAAAAAAGAAAGAAAAAAAAAUCCAAAUUUCCAACCCAAACCUUCCAUCCCUUCAGGAAACCCACCCGUCUGCCUCUGUGAAGGUCACGCCAUCACAGGCUGGUUUUACCUCUUUGGGAUUUAAAUCCCUGGGCCCUGGAUGUCGGGCUGGGAGCACCCCGAGGUGGCUUUGGCAUGUGCUUUGUAGAGUAACAGGCUUGGCUCCAGCAGCGGGGGCAUGUUCUGGAAGCCACAGGGUAGGUAGAGAAUGUGAGUCACUGGUCUUCCCGGUGUUACCAUGGCCCUAUUGUCACUCGGUUCACAGCUGGCACAUGCAUUUUAGGAAAAACGAAAGGAUUAAUGAGUGUUGCUCUGGAAUGUUUGUGUCCCCCUCACAAUUCCUAUGUUGGAGCCAUAAUGGGCCUAUGGGAGACAAUUGGGGUUGGAGUCAUAAGGGUGGGGCACUCAUGAUGGCAUUCAUGCCCUUCUAAGAAGUGACCCCAGAAAGCUUGCUGCUCCCCAUCCCUGGCUCAUACACACAAAGAAGAGGUCACGUGAGCACCCAGCAAGACGGCGGCCACCUGCAAGCCAAGAGAAAAGGCCUUGGAAUGAGACCCACCUUGCUGUCUGGGACCUGCCAGCCUCCAGAACGGUGAGACAUACAUUUGUUGUUUAGGCCUCUUAGUCUCUGAUAUUCUGAUACGGCGGCCUGAGCUGGACAGACAUACAGGUGUUUUACACAAGCCGCUGCCUAUGUCACCUGUGCAAGUGAUCCAGGUUGGCUGUGGUCCCGCCUCUCAGAAAUCCCUGUUUCGGCAAUUCCUCCUCAUAGCCCACUUUAAUAUUCCAACAAAGACAAUGGGGGCAUUUUGGCUGAAAUUCAAGCUUUAAUGGCCACUGUAUCUUUCUUAGACAGGUUGAACUUGGAAAUGAGCAAAUUUUCUCCACAAUUUUGCCAACUAAAAGAUCCCUUUAGCUAUGCAUGCUGUGAAGGCUGGUCCUUUGAUUCUGGUCCUAAAGGGAAGCAGAAAGCUCACAGAAUGAUGCUGAGCACCAGUGGCUGUACAAUUUCCUUUUUAUUUUGUGUGCUUUUUUAUAGGAUAUAAAUAAUGACAAAAAUUACAAAAUUUAUAACUGGAAGCCCAAGCAUAUUUACACAUAUAUUUCUGUUUCAGCAAAGCUACUAUUCACUUUGCUCCUAUACAGUUUCCUCUUGGUACCAUAUAUGUGUUAUUUUACUCUCCAUUUACUACAUACAUAUCAACAGUGAAUAGGCAAAAUAUGUACAAGGAACUGUUCAGUUCAAGUAAUUUAAUAUCGUAUUAAAAUUCUUCCACACUGAACUAAACCACAUACAUUUGUCAGUUUGAAAUAAAAUUUAAUUAUCUUUCAAAACUCACCAAAUGAUGAAUGUAACUGAUAGUCUCAAGUUUAAAAUAAUGUUGGUUAAUUAAAAAAAACAACAUUAAGACAACCCCACAAUUUUUCAAUAUCGCUAUAAUGAACUUCAAAU